CACAGGUUAAGAACGGCCCGCCCAGUGCACAACUGCAAUUCCCUCCUCCCCUCUUAGUUAUCCCAAAUGGCCGUCCCUUUAUGCAAGCUCUGUAUUGUUUUCAUUUCAGUUUUUCUUGUCUUGAGCCCUUCUCUUUCCCAUCGAUUGAUACCCAACAGAUGUCCUUACCACGAAUCCCAAGCUCUGCUCCGCUUCAAAGCUGCCUUGAAUGACUCCGAGGGCUAUCUGAGUUCGUGGGUAAAUGGGACAGACUGUUGCACCGAGUGGUUCGGCAUAUCCUGCGACAAUCACACCAAUCACAUUGUCUCUGUUUCAGUUUACUUCAGUCAAGGUGUGAUGUCUGAGAGCCUGUGCCAACUUCGCUUUCUCACAUCACUCUCUAUAUCUGGACUAGCAACACCAGGAAUCUAUUUUUUUCUUAUGAUGGUUUCUUGGUGUAUUUUCCUUGCUUAAGAUGUGUUACUCUUGGUCGCCACACUCAACAAUUUAUCUUAUUAAGUUUUUGUACUAAAUCAAGACUCUAUAUACUUGAGUUUUUCGAGCUCUAUAAUCCAUUACACAUGCUUUAGAGAAGGACAUGUAUGCAAUA